CUCUGCACAAAACAUCUUCUGUGAGCUAAAUAACUGAAACAGUGAAUUACAAUGCUGCAAAUAUUUCUUCUGCUUCUGCCUGGUGUUCUCAGUAAUGAUUGGAGUGUGAGUUAUGUUUCUCUGAGUCGGGUCUGUGCUGCGAGGGGAUCCAAUGUUUCUAUUAACUGUAGAUAUGAAUAUCCAGAUGAUCAGCAAGUACAGCGAGUGCGGUGGUGUUCAGUGAGUUCAAACAAUGGCAACUGUGCGAAUGAGCCGAAUGUUUAUGAUAGUGAAUUCAACAAUAAUCAAAAAAACUUCCAAUACAUUGGAGACAAAACCUCAAAUUGUUCUCUUUUGAUCAGUAAUAUUGAUCAAACAUAUUCUGGAGAGUAUAAAUUCAGAUUUAUAACUGACAGGGACGAAUGGACAGGUGAACCUGGAGUGAACAUUUUAGUAGACGAUUUAAGAGUGUCCAUGAGCAGGUCAAGAGAAAAUGGAAGCACAAUAGUUGGAGACUCUCUGAAUUUGACGUGCACACUCAGCUGUUCUGGUAAUUUAGCUGAUGUUCAGUGGUUUAAGAAUCGUGAUCUGAUUCGACACUCAGAGCCCGUCCUCACCUUCACCAGAGUAACAGCUGAAGACUCGGGGAAUUACUCUUGUUCUUUGAGAAACUAUAAAACAACUGUAUCUGAAGAAAUUACCAUUUACAUUGAAGAUGUCGUCGCGUCUCCAACCGUUCUGAUUAUUGUGGUGUUUUUAUUCUCACUUGUUUUCAUCACUGCAGCUGUGAUUCUUAUGAGAAGAAGGAAAGCAAUAAUGAAAGAAAAACAAGCGGAAGAAAGAGAAGUCAAGGAUUCUCUUUACAGCACGAUUCAACCUCAAACAACCCUUCAUCAGAAAAACCACACUGGGUAUGCUGAGGCUAACAAAAACCUACGAGGAGCUGAGGAUGUACAGCAGGAAGAUGAAGUGCAAUAUUCAUCUGUCACCAUUAAACCCAAAGAACUGCUUCAAGUGUCUUCAAACACAGAGCAGGAGGAUGAUUCAACCAUCUACAGCGCAGUGAUGAAUGUCGGCUGCUCUGGUUCCUGACUGAAAGAUGUCCAGGUUUCGUGAGCGUCCAGGACAAGCACA